CACAUGAUACUAUGCGUUGGAAUAUCACAUGCACAGCGAAUCCCCGAACAAAGUUCGCAGGAAAUGUAUCGGUGUUGCACUAACCGAGAUCAGUAUUUCGUCAGAAGCGGUCCCAGGGGGCCUCCUGGUCGAGUCAAUUACAAAAUCGUAAAUGAAACUAUAAAAGAGCAUUUCAGUGAUAUUUCCGGACAGAUACAAGCAAAGCUGACUCAAAUUGGUCCGAUUGUUGAGAAAUCUAGCGAGGACAUAGAGGAUUUGAAAGCAGCAUCUGGACACACUCGAACAAAACUGAAUGAAAUAGACACCGAUAUUGAAGGAUUGAAAUCAGAUAUUUCGGGACAGAUACAAGCAAAACUGACUCAAAUUGCUCCCGUUGUUGAGAAAUCUAGCAAGGACAUAGAAGAUUUGAAAGCCGUAAUGCAACAAAUCCGAGAGCAGCUGAAGAACUUUAUAUUGACCUCACGUGGCAUCGAAGCCCCCAGCACAUGGUAUCAAGCGCAAAACAACUAUUACUACAAACUAUUUGACAACAAUGCCACUUACGCGGAGGCGAAGGCAAAUUGCAAGAUACUUGGAGGCCAACUGGCAUCGGCGGGAAUUCGAGAUGAAAAUGUUCGAAGAGAAAUCGUACCCUUGCUCAAAUCUGGAGGAAACGACACUUGGAUUGGUUUGAAUGACAUUCAAGAGGAAAACACGUUUAUCUGGGAAGAUGGUGUAACGGCGACUGCAGGUUCUACUCCAUGGUAUGAUGAUCAACCUAACAGCUAUGACGGUGAUCAAGAUUGCGUUGAGAUAAGGCCCAAGUGGAACUGGACGCUGAAUGAUGAAGGUUGUACCGACAAACGAAAAUAUUUAUGCGAAAUUGAACCAUAAUUUCACAUUUACGAAAAGUCAAAGACCGAUAAUGCAUGAAUCAUGAUCAACAUUAAACGAUAACUAACCAAGCCCG